AUAAAGAUUCGAUUUGCAAGCAGAAAGGAGUGAAUUGGACGUCUCACAUACUGGUCGGGAUCUGCAAGAUGGUCACCUGAAAAUCCAACAUGAGAUUUUUUCGCCGGAAAAUAGCGAUUAUAGUUAUUUUGGCGUACGCGAUAUUUUCGCUUUACGCAGCAUAUAAUGUGUUUUUCAGCAAGAGGGUGAUUUCUCGCGUUCACCGAGUGGUGAAAAAGGGCUCUGUGAUCAUCGAAACGGGAAAGGCAGGAGAGAAAGAAUGGAACCCAUGGGAGGAGGAUGAACGCGCUCAUUCUGUGGUUGUGCAGAAGCGGAGAGAUGCCUUUAGAUUAUACAGAGACCAGGCUGCUAAAAACAGGCCGAAAACAUAUAAAGUUCAGAUCUGGGGCAAAGCAGCCAUAGGACUUUAUCUGUGGGAACAUAUUUUAGAAGGGUCUCUCAACCCGUCGGACAAAUCCAGCCAAUGGAGAGAAGGAGAGAUACAGUCUGGGAAGAUUCAUUUCAGUUUCUACACUGGUCCCGCAGUGGUCCAAGGGCAUGUUCCUCCUGACACAGACAGUGUGGUGUUGGUUUUGAACGGCCGCGAGCAGCAGAAGAUCUCCUACUCUGUCCAGUGGCUGCAGCACGUCCAGAGUCUGAUUCAGGCCCGCACCAUCUCUCGGGUCGCUGUCGUCCUAUUGGGCAACGAGCAGUGCAAUAACAACUGGAUCAGUCCUUAUCUGAAGAGAAAUGGUGGGUUUGUGGACCUGCUCUUUCUGGUGUACGACAGUCCUUGGGUCAAUGAUAAAGACAUCUUCCAGUGGCCUCUGGGUGUUGCCACAUACAGGCAUUUCCCAGUAGUCACACUUAGCAGUCAGAUGGUGAAAAAGGACAGGCCAUACCUGUGCAACUUUCUUGGCACUAUCUACAAAAACUCCUCCAGGGAAUCUCUGAUGAACCUCCUAAAGCAGAACAACAUGGAGAAAGACUGCCUCAUGCAUGCUAGAGAGAAGUGGCUUCCUCAAGAGACGUCCGACACCUCCAGACAGUACCAGAUGGCAUUAGCUCAGAGUGACCUGACUCUUUGCCCGGUGGGAGUGAACAGCGAAUGCUACCGCAUCUAUGAAGCCUGUGCGUAUGGCUCUGUGCCCGUGGUGGAGGACGUCCUGACUCCGGGAGCCUGCGCUGUUGGGAACCGGUCCCCACUGCGGCUGCUUAAAGAUGCUGGAGCUCCCUUCAUCUUCCUUAAAGACUGGAAAGAGCUGCCGGUUAUCCUGGAAAGAGAGAGAGCAAUGAGCCAGAAGGAGAAAACAGAGAGGAGGAUGAGAUUGCUAGAGUGGUACAGCAGCUUCCGGCAGCAGAUGAAAGACAGAUUCACUGAGGUUUUGGAGGAGAACUUCUUCAAAAUCACAUAGGAAGAGGUGGGAGAACGUUAAAGGGGUAGUUCAGAUGAAAAUGAUGAGUUUGUUUUAAUUUACUCAUCCUCAAGCCAGCAAGAUCAAUGGAUUUCAUACUUGCAUUUGAUUAAAUUUACUUGAAAUGUUAAGGUAAAUCUUGUGUGAGUCAUGA